ACGAGGAAAGUGCGACGUGCGGGUGAAUCAGGUGCGAAUUCCGCGGAUUUUUGGCGCGAAUCUUCUCCUGUGAAGAUGGAAGUGCAUAUUGCAGGCGAAACAAAAUAUAACAUCGACGAGCUCGUCGAUGAUCUGAAACAUGCUAUGGAGCUUGAAACCUCGCAGAAUGAGGACGAGUGUCCUAAUAUCUCUCGGAUAUUGGAUUCUAUGGUAGACAUUAGCAAAACUUUGACUGGAGAGACAACUGAAUUACUCAUCGAUGAGGUUUUCCUGACACUACUGGUACACCCGUCUCACCAGGUCAUAGCGAAAACGGCAAAGGUUAUUGCCGAGAUAGCAAAGACUGACAAAGGAAGGGAGAAAUGCAUAAAUAGGAAGUUAAUACGUGCAUUGAUCUGUUUGAUGAGGAUGGAGGAUUUAGAUAUAUUGACGCAGAUAUCUAGAGCUCUAGGGAAUAUCUGCUUUGAGAGUGAGAAUGGCAAAAACUUGGUGAAGGAGGAGAACGGUUUGGAAGUGAUCAUAACGGCGCUUAAGAUUGGUAUCAUGUUGAAAAAUUACGAAGGCGGCAGCCUUCUGCGAAACGUGGCUCUUGGAUUUUUAUUAAAUCUUCUGGUGGAUCAGGAAUCGUUGUACACGCAGGUACUCGAGAGGAACAUAAUAUGGAUGAUCAGCACAAUCUUGGAACAGGAUGGCAUCAACGACGAGACGGCUAUGCACGGAUUACUCACUCUCAGCAUAUUGAACGACGCGAACAUCAUAUUUCUCGACGAGAAAUUAACGAAAAUUCUGGUCGACAUACUGACCAGAGACACUUCCCCUGUGCUGUCAGGGAUAGGUUUGGCGCUGCUACACGGUCAAGCGGAGGAUGAGAAAGUCAAGUUUCUACUGGCCAAAGAAGGAGUGUGCGAGUUGCUGCUGAAACUGUUGGAGAAACACGUUCCACAGUGCAACGACGAAGAGACACGAUGCGUGCUGAAAGUCGCCUGUAAUCUGAUCAUACUGAUCUUAACGGAAGACGACAGUAUGAACCUCCUUUAUGACGAUAGCAAGGGCUCUGUCUACAAGAAGUUGGUGGAAUGGCUGGAGAGCAACGACGAGGACCUGCAGCUCACCGCUGUGCUGGCUAUGGGCAAUUUCGCGCGCACCGAUACGCACUGCAAACACAUUGUCGAACAAGGUAUACAUCGGAAGUUGCUGAAGCUUCUCCGGGAGAACGGCAGCAAGUUCGACGACAUCAGGUGCCAGCACGCCUUGCUCAGCGCCCUGCGCAAUCUCGUCAUACCUGCGGACAACAAGCCGUUGAUACUCGCCGAUGGUCUGAUUGAUGUGCUCUAUCCUAUGCUAGACAUCCCCACUUUCCCUGUCAUCUUCAAAUUACUGGGCACGCUCAGAAUAGUCAUAGACGGCCAAAAAGAAGCAGCGGUGUUCUUAGGACGAAAGGAAGACCUGAUCAAGCGAGCGGUUCAGUGGUGCAAUAUCGAUCAUCCUGGCGUUCAGGGUGAGGCGAAUCGACUGAUCGCGUGGCUGAUGAACAACAGCAGGGACAAGCAGAUCGCCCUGUCGAUCAUGAAGUACGGUGCGGUGCAGCAUCUAGUGAAUAUGCUCCUAGCGCAGCACUCGUUGAUGCAAAACGAAGCGAUCCUGGGCCUGACGAUAUUAACGGGGAUUUGUCUGGCGGAAUCCGAGAAGCUGCUGAUCGCAGCGGACUUUGGUCAUAAGAUGCAAGUGUUCUUCGAAGCGCGCGCUAACAGCCUCGACAUACACAUCGUACUGAACGCACUAAUGUUGCUAAACAGUGUCGUACAUUCAGAUCAACUGAAAAAACACCUAACGAGCUGCGAGUUGGCCGGCGCGUGCAAAAGUCUACUCUCGCACGAGAACGAGGAACUGCGGACGCGCGUCGACACGCUCUGCACAGCCCUGGGAGCCGAGUCCGAUUAAAAGCGGCACGACCAAUUGUGACUUGUUUUAUGUAAUUCCUCGUUACGUUCGCGCCGCCGUUCCCACUUGUGUAUCUUCCGUCAUUCCAAAGUGCCGCGCGAGCCUCUCCAAACGACCAAGACUCAUCGUCUAUUUAACCCAGAUUGCAAAGUGUAUUCUAUAUAUCGAGAUAAAUACAUAAUCCAUAUAUUGAUGUA